AUGAUCUUCAAAGCUCUAGCUCUUCUUUUCCUUGUUUCCUCGGGUCUUUCUGCUCCCACAUCGGACGCAAGUACAAACGAUUGCCAUCCGACGAAAGAGCUGAAGACAGCCAAGUACGACGAUCUCCGAUUCAAUGAUGGAGGCUUUAAUCUGAUUCCACCGCACUACUACGGCUUGAGCUAUAUUGCAUUCCAAGUCGAUCAAUAUGAUGGCUGGUUCCCUCCAACCUCCGGGAAUCAGACAGCCGUCGCGUACGGUGGCAGUGGAAAUUUCUCAGUACCGGAUUCACCACCGAAGCAGACGUUCGAUCUAGAGUCUUUCUCAUAUGCUUGUAUUGGCGGGAUACCCCAGCCUGAAUGCGCUAUCAGUGUUUGGGGCUGGAAGCCUGACGGACGCAAGCUGUUCCGCCCCAUCACUUUCCCGAGACUGGACCCUGGGCAUUAUCCGAAUGAGUUUGUCAUGAAUGCAACAACCUUUGGGAAGGAUUGGCAAGGUCUCAAGAGUGUGGGGUUUAGCAUUGCGAGGAAGGAUAAUGGCGGUGACAUGUAUGCUGGACUUUGGUUGGAUGACGUGAAGUACACGAUCACGACUGGGUGCUAG